AUGGUGCAUAGACAAAUAAAAAUACGACAAGAAAACAACAAUGAUAACGUAUCCGCCAUCAACGGCAUCUAUUCUCCUUACCAAUAUCCGAAAUUUUCACGUUACAACUACCCGUCAAACGUAAGUGGUGGUGAUGAAGCAGUCUACACAGAGGAAAAAUUUUCUUUUCCGCAUUGGGAUGAUGAAGUGUCUCCGUACGCCGUUCCAACAAAAUCACGAUUAAGAAAACACGCUUCUUCCCCUGCUUUAUAUGGCGAGGACAUUGAUGAUUUUUUUAAUAGUAAUAGUAUUAUUGCCGGCGACGACGAUGAAGAAGUAUUUGACAUAAAUAAACAUCAAAAAAGGAUACAAGAACUAAAAAAUCAAUAUUUGCAACAACUAAAUCAACCUGGCAACAAUGAAGACGACGAGGAGGAAGUUGACGAGAGUCAAUUAAGAUGCGAAAAAAUUCAAUCGGAUAUAGAUUUGGCACGCAAAGAUCAACAAUCAGAUUAUGACCAAUUUCGUAACCAAUAUUCCUCAUUACAUGAUGAUCUACGUUAUUUGCAACGUGAAAUUGAAGAGUUCGAAUCAAAUUGUCUAAAUGGAAAUCACAAAUUAAAUAACAAUGAGGAAUGUUUUGGUUACCAAUCUGAACCAACCUCGGUAGUAACUGGUUCAUUAAUGGCCGCUGUUUCUAUGUCUGACGACAAUGACGACGAUAGUGACAGUGAAGGUGAAGGAGAUAAAAAUAUUAUUAGAAAUAAAAUCUGCAAAACUGUUAAAAUUAAGACUGGUCCUCGUCAUAUAAUUUCUACUCCUUCUGCUGCAACAGCUGCUCAUCCUGAUUUUAUUUAUUUGGCAUAUUAG